UAGCUUAUGUUUUCACCCGAGUCCCCGAAGGAACGGACCGGAAGUAGCGUGCCGUGGCGGAGCGGGGAGAUCCACCCAUACCGAGAUCGCUCUGGCCGGAAGAGAAAGGUGCAGCACUUAAAAGGUUCCCCACAGUUGCUGUUGGAGACGUUGGGCUGGGUAUCUGACAGCUUCCGCGGCACUGGGAAGGUGGUGCGAUGCCGGGCGGCGGACGCUGCCCCGACUGCGGCUCCACAGACCUCGUGGAAGACUCACACUAUUCGCAGAGCCAGCUGGUGUGCUCUGACUGCGGCUGCGUGGUCACCGAGGGAGUUCUUACUACUACCUUCAGCGACGAGGGCAACCUCCGAGAAGUAACAUAUUCCCGGAGCACAGGGGAAAAUGAACAAGUUAGUCGCAGUCAGCAACAAGGCCUCCGCCGAGUGAGGGACCUCUGUCGAGUUCUGCAGUUGCCAUCCACAUUUGAGGACACAGCAGUUGCUUACUACCAACAGGCAUACCAGCACUCUGGCAUCCGUGCUGCCAGGAUGCAAAAGAAGGAGGUGUUGGUUGGGUGCUGUGUCUUAAUCACCUGCCGACAGCAUAACUGGCCCCUAACCAUGGGAACCAUCUGCACCCUGUUAUAUGCAGAUUUGGAUAUGUUUUCUGGAACCUACAUGCAGAUUGUGAAGCUUCUGGGGCUGGAUGUGCCAUCUCUGUGCUUGACAGACCUGGUGAAGACCUACUGUAGCAGCUUCAAACUGUUUCAAGCCUCCCCAUCUGUGCCCGCCAAAUACGUGGAAAACAAAGAGAAGAUGCUGUCACGAACACGGCAGCUGGUGGAGCUGGCAGAUGAGACGUGGCUGGUGACCGGGCGGCAUCCCUUGCCUGUCAUCACUGCUGCUGCUUUCUUGGCUUGGCAGUCGCUGCAGCCUUCGGCUCGUCUGACAUGUUCCCUGGCCCGAUUUUGUAAAUUGGCAAAUGUGGACCUGCCCUACCCGGCUUCCUCCCGCUUACAGGAGCUGCUGGCUGUGCUGCUGCGGAUGGCCGAGCAGCUGGCCUGGUUGCAAGUUCUGAAACUUGACAAACGGUCUGUGGUGAAGCACAUUGGUGACCUGCUCCAGCACCGCCACACCUUGAUCCGCAAAGCCUUUCGAGAAGGAGCAGCAGCAGUGGAGGCCCAGGAGAAGGAGCUGCAGGGACAGGGACAAGGGCAAGGACAGGGAAAAGGGGAAGUGGAUAAUAGUCCUGCAGAUUUGCCAGCAGGGAAGCGACCAGCUAGUCCUGCCCUUCUUCUCCCACCCUGCAUGUUGAAGCCCCCAAAGCGGGUCUGCCCCACCCCCCCUGCCUCCACGGUCACCGGAGAUGAGAACAUUUCUGAUAGUGAAAUAGAGCAGUACUUGCGCACCCCUCAGGAAGUGAGGGACUUUCAGAGAGCCCAAGCUGCUAGACAAGCGGCCACUAGUAACCCUAACCCUCCUUGAUGCACUUUGGGGGUCGAAGGGAACACUUUACCCCACUCUAACAGCAACUUGAUAAUAGGCUAUCAUAUCCAGAGAAAUAAGUGUGUACAAGUCCUUAUGUGUUGUCUUUCAUGUUUAAAGGAACUGAGAGCGGCUCUGCAGCUAAUUGGAGCCCAGGUCCCGGAGUAGGAACCAGAAGGAAUGUGGGGACACCUGGGUUAGAGAGAGCCCCGUUCCUUAGUGCUAGAGAGCAGGUUGCAUGUGUUCACGUUCCAUGGGAUGGCUUUCCUCGUAGACUGUUGGGAGGGGGGUCGGGCUCUCCUGCUCCUGGUUUGAAUUGGAUACACUGCUGCUGCAGGGCUGACGGGGGCCUCCCUACUGGUUUGGGGCACUUGGCAUUUCUAACGUCAUCAGCCCUCACGGAACAGGAACUGGGCAACUCUUGGCCCCGUGUCCUUUCCUGGGUCUUGGUGGGUUAAUGUGUAUGGUACCAUGAGAUCCUCUACCUCAUAACAAAAGGACCGUGGGUGGACUAAGGUUAUAGCUCAAAGGGCUUUGCAAAAUUUUAAUAUAUUAAAACAAGAGGCAUCUGCUAGAAAA